GUCCCAAACAGCUGUUACCUUGGAAACCAACCCAAACAAUUGUUCGUCCGUGCUUUAGCUUGUAGCCCUAGCUUUUUUCAUUUUAUAAAACCAGUAAAGCGACGUGUGACUGAUAUCUACACUAUAAUGGCCUUUGACUAUUACGAGACGCUGGAAAUAAACCGAAACGCAACAGACGCAGACAUAAAAAGGGCAUAUCGACGUCUGGCUCUGAAGUUUCAUCCGAGCAACAACCGAGAACCUGAAAGCAGCGACAGGUUCUGUGAGAUCGGUGAAGCCUACGAAGUUUUGAGCGACCCUCGAAAAAAAGCUACGUAUGACAAGUUCGGCGAGGAGGGUCUGAAAGGUGGAAUCCCACCUGAGUUUGGCCGCAGCGGGGCCUGGUCAUCUAAAUACGCCUACCACGGGGAUCCUCACAAAACCUUCAAGCUGUUCUUUGGAGGCGACAAUCCAUUUGCAGAUUUCUUUACAAAUGAGGCACCGCUCCAGUUUGGUGGCCUUCAACCCGGUGUGUCCAAGACUCAAGAUCCUCCGAUAGAGAGGGAGCUCCAUUUGUCCCUAGAUGAUCUGUUUCACGGAUCCACAAAAAAGAUUAAGAUAUCACGCAGGGUGAUGAAUGAAGAUGGAUACACGUCCAGUAUCAAGGACAAAAUACUGACUAUAGAUGUGAAGCCUGGGUGGAAGGAGGGCACAAGAAUCAUCUUUUCAAAAGAGGGAGAUCAGGGCCCAAACAGCAUCCCUGCAGAUAUUGUCUUCAUAGUGCGUCAGAAGAGUCAUCUACAGUUCGUAAGACAAGACAAUGACCUGAUCUACAAGGUCCAGGUUUCACUGGAGAUGGCUUUAACUGGCUUCUCUGUUGAUGUGGAGACAUUAGAUGGCAGGCUCCUCACCAUUCCCAUCAAUGAGAUUGUACACCCUUCAUACAAAAAACUAGUGACUGGAGAGGGAAUGCCGGUGUCCCAGGAUCCCUCGCAGAGAGGAAAUCUCAUCAUUACUUUUGAUAUCCAGUUUCCAGAGAAGCUCUCCGUGGAAAAAAAGCAGCUCAUCAAAGAAGCACUAGCGUUUAAAUGUUAAUCACAUUUAAUUAUAUGUGGUAACAGUUUAUCACCAACAGUUACUGUGAUUACAUUCUUAUGAGUUGAAUUCAACACGUAGAUGUGUGCAUGACUUGUUGCCAUUAUAGCACAAAUAUCGCCACAUCAGGAUCCCAAACACUGGACUAAUAACAUAAUAAAUAUAAGAAGCGAGAGCAUAAAACACCUACUGCUUGCCAUUCAUUCAUGUUGGUUCUGUCUCCUGACCCCACUCUAUAAAUAUUUAAUUUACAUCUCCAUUCAUUGUUCAAUCAAUACAGUCUCUUCCAAAAGCCAA